CCGCGCGGGGUCGCGGCCCGUUCGUCGUUCAAUUGUUUUCCUUGGGCGCUCAAUUGUUUUACUUUGGCGGAUUGGCUGGCACGGUUUUAAUUGCCGGUCUGUGUACACAGUACACAUCACACGUGCUGUGUUUUAAAUGGUCUUGCUCGGGUAAUUUAGUCAGUCGGUCGACGGUAGUGGCAAGUUUAAUGGUACGACUCUGUAUUAUUCUUGAGGGCCGAGAUGUUCAAGCCGGCCAAGUUGUUCUCUGGGCACCACCACCAUCACCACCACCAACAGACGCUGCACCGUACCGAGUCGAUGGUGUCAUUGUGCUUCCGCUCAUUGACUGAUUACAUAAACAAUGACAACUUACAAGGACUGCAGUCAUUUCUUGAAAAUAAACAAGUACAGAUUGAUGAUAAAGAUGAGAAUGGGACCACCGCACUUAUGGUGGCAGCGUCCAAAGGCAGAUCCUCACACAUUCGCGAACUGCUGAGUCAUGGUGCUGAUCCAAAUUCCGAAGACAAUGAUGGAUGGACGGCACUUCUGUGCGCGUCCAAGGAAGGCUACGUCGAUAUCGUUUGUCAACUAUUAGAACACAAUGCCGAAAUUGACCACAGGGAUAUGGGCGGAUGGACCCCACUGAUGUGGGCCACGUACAAAGGUCGCAUAGACGUUGCAUUAUUUCUUAUCGAGCGUGGUGCCGAUGUAAAUGCUCAUGGAAACUUUCAUAUUUCCUCAUUACUAUGGGCUGCGGGUCGUGGAUAUACUCAGAUAGUGGAAGCUUUAGUGCAUCAGGGGGCAAAAGUGAAUGUAGGUGAUAAAUAUGGAACGACAGCCCUAGUUUGGGCUAGCCGGAAAGGUUAUACGGAAAUCGUAGAAAUAUUGCUGAAAGCGGGUGCGAAUGUAGACACAGCGGGGAUGUACUCGUGGACAGCGCUUUUAGUCGCCACUUACGGAAACCACGUGGACGUAGUGAGCCUGUUAUUAGAACACAAGCCCAAUGUAAACGCUUUAGACAAAGACGGAUACAGCCCGCUGACAAUUGCUUGUAAGGAAGGGUAUUACGAAAUUGCUACUGCAUUAAUGGCAGCUGGUGCUUACAUAAACAUUCAAGACCGGUCUGGAGACACAAAUUUAAUACAUGCGGUCAAGGGUGGUCACAGGGGUGUAGUAGAAGCUCUACUGAAGAAAUACGCAGAUGUGGAUAUACCAGGCAAAGACCGCAAGACCGCGAUAUACAUGGCCGUCGAAAAAGGCAAUGUUAACAUAGUAAAACUCCUUCUUAGCUGUAACCCGGAUCUGGAGAUAGCGACCAAGGACGGAGACACUCCUCUUUUGAAAGCUGUCCGUUCGAGAAACGCGGAAAUCGUCCAGUUGUUGCUGGACAAGAAGGCUAAAGUUUCUGCAGCGGAUAAGAAGGGAGAUACCGCUCUACAUAUAGCAAUGAGAGCUCGGUCUAAAGGAAUAGUGGAAAUUUUGCUGCGUAAUCCAAAAAAUAGUCAAUUGCUUUAUAGGCCGAAUAGGGCAGGAGAGACGCCUUAUAAUAUAGAUAUUAGUCACCAGAAAACUAUUUUAGGACAAAUAUUUGGAGCAAGAAGGUUAAAUACAAAUGAAGACAAUGAAAAUAUGUUAGGUUAUGAUCUCUAUAGUAGUGCCCUCGCUGAUAUUUUAAGUGAACCCUCGCUGUCCAUGCCUAUAACAGUGGGGUUAUAUGCCAAAUGGGGUAGUGGUAAAUCGUUUUUGUUAAAUAAACUUAGAGAGGAAAUGAAAAAUUUUGCUCGAGAAUGGGUAGACCCAGUCUUCCAGUUUACCGUUUUACUGUUCUUGGUGCUCGUACAUUUCUGUGUGAUAAUCGGUACAAUCUUGGGACUGUCUCUGCAGUCUUGGAUAGUCGGACUUAGUGUGGGUGUAGCGAUUCUAGUGUUAAGUUAUAUUUUUCUGGCUUUGAUAUGGUUCGCCAGCAAGAGGUAUGACUGGGACUGGCCGUAUAAUUUUAACUUAAAGCUGACGAGGAAGAUGAACAAUUUGAAGCUCAUUUUGCAAAUUUUAUUUUGUCAUCCACCGGGUCAGGUUAGCGAUGCUGCCGGGGCGCAUCCUAUAAGGUUUUUUUUCACCGACCAGACGAGAGUUACAAGUACGGCUGGAGGUGAAAAUUCUGUAGUACAAAUGCUUGGUUCCUUAUAUGAUGCCAUAGAGAUUCAAUAUGGAGCUCUUGCUACGAGAUUGUAUAGAAGUUUUAAACCAAAACCAGUGAAAUCCUCCUCAUCAUGGACUUGGAGAAAGAUGUGUUGUCUGCCUUACGUCGCUUUAUUCGAAAUGACCUUUAUGAUGAUAAUUACAGGAACGUGUGCCUUGACCAUUUAUCUUAUACAUGUCAGUAAGGAUGAGUACGAUCAGAUGACGAGCUUCACUUUGAAAAUCAUAUUAAUAAUAGCGGCGUUACUAUUGGGCAUCGCCGCCGUCGCAAACUUAUACACGUGGAGCAAGCUGCUGAAGACUGUGUUCUUUUCGCAGCGCAGACACUUGCAGAAGUCCAUUUCUAAAUUGGAGACGCUCAAAUCCGAGGGGUUCUUACAGACUUUGAGGCAAGAGGUAAACUUAAUGAAGGAAAUGGUCAAGUGUCUGGACAGAUUGAACUCUCAGCAGACCAGAUUGGUCAUCGUCGUGGACGGUUUGGAUAGCUGCGAGCAGGACAAGGUGCUUCUGGUGCUGGACACCGUACAUAUACUCUUCUCCGAUGCGAAUACCCCUUUCAUUGUGAUAUUAGCGAUAGAUCCCCAUGUUAUAGCUAAGGCUGUAGAAAUGAAUACAAGGAGGUUGUUUAGCGAAAGCAAUAUCGGAGGCCACAAUUACUUAAAUAACAUGGUGCACUUGCCAUUUUAUUUGCAAAAUUCAGGGUUGAGGAAAGUUAAAAUUGCUCAACAGACCGCCGCCGUCCAUCGGAAACAGACGGGAUCUUGGUCGGCAGACGACGACAACCUCAACAGUUUCCUAGCCAGAUCGUCAUCCAGCAGAAGGUUGUCGAACGAAAAAGCACUAAUGUCCAGCCAGGAGAACCUCGGGAAGUUUGCGGGCCGAAAAGGCUCUCGUAAAUUCAAAACAUCCGAAUCAGUAGCCAGCUCUAUAGGGUCGAAUCUGAAUAGGAUAGGAGGAGCACAAGAUCUCACCAAAAUGUUACUUACUGACGAUUACUUUAGCGAUGUGAAUCCUCGUUCCAUGAGAAGACUGAUGAACGUCGUGUAUGUGACAGGGCGUUUACUUAAAGCAUUCCAAAUCGAUUUCAACUGGUAUCGGUUAGCCUCUUGGAUCAAUAUCACGGAACAGUGGCCGUUCCGGACGUCUUGGAUUAUUUAUCACUACGAUUUGUACGAGGACACUUUGGAUGACAAUACCUCGCUGAAGUCAAUUUACGAUAAGAUCCGGCCACAUAUUCCAUCGGUGAAAGACACAGAACCUCUUUUGGAACUGGAUAGGGACGAAAAGAAAUUCGACAUUUUCUUAACGUUUCACCGGUCGAGUCUUUUAGUUAGUGACCUAAAGAUAUUCCUACCGUUCACCAUUAAUUUGGAUCCUUACCUCAAAAAAGUUAUUAAAGAAGAAACCCAGUGUCUGGAAGACGAUGGGCUGCUUAUGGGUCCGUCGAGAAAUAUGAGCCUAACGCCUCAGUCCAUUCAGCAAAUGUCUGGCUGGCCGAAUGCGAACGAAUGGAAUUCCCCAAAACCCGCAUUAGUCAGAAGGGUAAGAACCACCCCUAAAGCAACACCCGUCGGACAGUCUAUGCUGUACUCUCAAGUGCAGCAUGGGAUACUGGGUUGGCAGCACUGGAACGAUCCCAUGCCCAUUCAGCAGCAAGUACCUUUAGCUCCCAUUACAAUAUUACAGCCCGAAGUCCUCGAAACCAGACUGUCUGCGCUAAACGUUGAGGGAGUGUGCAAGCUCCUUUCGAAGAUGGAGGAUUUAAAUCCCGCCGCGUUACCAAAUUACAUUAAAAUCAUUAAAGAGAACAACAUUAACGGUCGGGUGUUGUUGCACUGUGACUUGGACGAACUAAAAAAGUUGUUGAGCAUGUCUUUCGGAGAUUGGGAAAUGUUUAAAGUUGCGCUGAUAUCGCUGAGGGAGCACGAAAUCACUUGCUUGUUGCACCAGGACGAGGUUAAGCCUGUUAAAAGUGUGAAGCAUCUAGAAAGGAGAGGUAGCAUCAACAAGGGCAGUGGUUCCAGCGAUAAAGAAUCGGGUAAAAUGCAGGUGGACGGACCACCACAAAGAAAACAAAGUAUCAUUGAAAAACAGGUAACUUUAGAGGAGCAAAUGAUCUGCGGGGCUCUUCAAACGUUAAACGAGGAAGCAUGCGAGGACGUACUAGAAGAAACGGAAGACACAAAAAUCGUAAUAGAACCCGAUGUACCCCAGACUUCAGUCAUUCCACCGAGCCCCGAAUCCGUUCAAGAUUUCCAACGAGGCUGUCGCUCGCGAACCAACAGCUCUUGCGGGAUAGGUGAGACAGAUUUUGUUUUAUUGCAAUCCUCACCUAUAGGUCAUAUGCACUGGCAGCCUGUCAGUAUCUCUAUCGCUGGUUAUUCUGAGAGUUUAAGCGAUCAUAGCUCCAGGUGCAGCUCGCAGCCUCCUAGCCCAAUUUCAGAAAGGAGGCCCUCAAAUAGCAGUCGACAUUCUAGCCUAAAAUCUGGGGAUCAUCCCAGUAAAGGUCGCCACGUAGUAAUAAGAACUGAGUGUUCCGACACAAACCCACGGGUUAGCAUAAGUACCAGCAAUUCCUCUGUCAUGUACGAAAACCAAGAGUCGAAUAGAACACCUUUAUUGUAUGAAUAUAAGCACACGGCUUCACAAACAAAAUCUCGACCAAAUUCCUUAAAUCUGAUGAAAAGCGAAAGCAAACCUAUGAGGCAGUCGAUGAGAAACCGUUCCAAAUCUAUCGAUCAGUCAGGUCAGAAGGAAGAGAAAAAAGAGAAGAAAGGGUUCGAAAAACUUCUUAUACUGAAGGAGAAAUUAUUACACUCCAGUCCCGAGUUGAAUGAAACUAGCGAUAAUGAAAGUACCCCACUAGUUUCUGAAGUUUCUACACCAUCUAAGUCGGGGCAAAGCUCAGAAGUAAAAUCGUCCAGUUCCACAAGCUUCCCCCUGUCUCCGAUCUCCCAGAAAAGCUUGUCCCCCGAAAAACCUUUAAACAAAUGCACGAGAAGUGAGCAGAAUCUCACCGACACAACUGACAUUACUCCCUCGGCUGCUUUUUCUGACAGCAAUAUUUUUGUGGAUCCUCAGUUUGUGGGCGGAGGCAAUAGUUGCAUCAUUUCGCCGGAAAAUUACCCGGAAAGACGUAGGACGAUGUCUGAAGACACCAGUGCAUCUAUCUCGUUAUAUCUAGGUUCCGUAGAACAUAGCAAUAGUAACUACAGCGUACAUAGUUGUUCGCAGAGUUCUGGACACUUGUCCAGGCAGAACGCUUUGGAUUCCGAGGAAAAUCUCACUGAUAUUUAUUGCGAACCCGGUAGUAGAAAUGAUUGAAUUUAUUUGUAGAUAAUAUCUGUACUUACGUCUCGAUUAUUUGGCAGUAUUCCUAGGUUAGGUUUGACAAUACCGUUAAUUUUAUUUAUCUUUUACCACUUUAUUUGUGAUUGUAAUAUAUACAAUGUAAUAUAUUUAAAUAAUUAGUAAAUUUCUUGGGAAAUUUUAAGAUCUUGUAGUGUAAUAUAUACAGGGUGAUUAAAAAGAGCGAGUUACUUUUUAAUUAAAAAUUCUUAGA